ACAAGUCAAUCCUAAAUCCAAACGAAAUGCCUCCAAAGAAACCCGAUCCUAAAUCCCAAGUUAAAUCCGACCCAAAAUCUACACCAAAGGCACCAGCAAAUAGCAAAAGCGCUGUUAUAGUGAAAUAUGGAAAACCUGUGCUGCAAGUUGAGUUUAAACGGAUAAAAUUCUUCGUUGCUUUAUUUGUAUUAAUGUCCAUAUGCAUGCUUAUAUAUGGUUUUAGUUUGCUUGUUAACGCUAUCAAAAUAAGGAGCCAUUUAGGUGCAUUUAUAAACAUGAUAUCAAGCGGAGAUGGGGAAAUUUUACCAUCCCUGUUGGCCAUUCCAAUAUUUUUCUUUAUUUGCCUUAACGUUGCAAUAUUUAUGCUUGUUUAUAAGAUUUUCGCCAAAGAAAAAAGACCAGGGAUCAAUAGGAUUUUGUUUAUAUUGUCCUUUUUGGCUCUGAUAAUGAUAUUGGCAACAUUAAUCACCAUCUUCAUGACUCUAGGUCACAUAUUCGGGUCCAAUAAACAUAUAGAAAAUGGUAUACUCAUUGCCAUGGAAAAAUACGCUAUUAAUUCGCAUUACAAAAAAGAAAUCGACAGAUUACAAAUAGAAUUUCAAUGUUGCGGAAGUAAACGGUAUGACGAUUGGUACAAUAUUACUUGGUUGGAAAAAGAAUUAAUAUUAAAAGACACAAACACUACUACUGCUUCUACCAACAACACUCAAUUAAGUUUCGGCAAAACACCAUUCAGUUGUUGCUCGAUAAAAUCCAAAUUUCCAUGUAUACAUUUCGACAUAGAAUCCACCGGAGUCAAUUAUCAGUACAUACCGGAGUUCAAUUUGAGCAUUUCCGGCACCGGAUGUCGCUCGAAGAUUGUGGAAAAGAAGCAGCAGAUAGGUAUGGGCAUCGUUGGCAGCUUGUUUUUAUUUAUAUUUUUAGAGUUCCUAAUGUUAAUUCCGGUACGAUUUUUACAAACUGGACAUUCAGUGGAUCAUCGAUUUUUAGGCAACAGUAAAACUUAUACGGUAUGGUUAUUUGGAUCAUAUACAGGGAAAAACGAAAAAACUGGAAUUCCAGAUGAAUCUGCACCAGUAUCACCUGAUAUAGAUUGAUUUAAUUUAAUUUUAUCAUCAAUUUUGAAUUAGAAAAAAAAGCUCAUGAGGCGAACAUUUCAUUUUCAAAAAGCCAUUGAACCUUUCCCUCAAAUUAAUUAUUGAUAGGUAAUUCUUUUUAUAUUAUAAUAGGCAAUCGAUACGACCUAGAUAUGAGGAUGUAUAGAGCUUUUUGUCAAAAACACCUCUAUUUUCUGCAAUUUAUGCAAAACGUAUCUACAGGUAUACAUAUAUCUAAAAUUUAAAAAAAAAAAUACAAAUUCAGACUAUCAAAAAAUUGAUUCUCUAAUACGAAAAAAUACCAAAUUCUUACCAGUCGUCGGUGGCAAAUUCAUUUGUAGAGCCUCCCAUGCGGUUGCGAUUUCCCGGAAAUUGAUGAGCCAUUGUGGAAAAACGCACACACGUGUGAAAAAGGAAACGCUGCACUGCCAAACCGAAUGUUAGGGCUUUGUUUUGGAUUCGCUUUUAUUACGGGUCGUCAUAGUUACUCGUAAACACAACUACAGGUCGUUUGAAUAUUAAUUUUUACUCACUUGUGCGAAUAAUGAUACGUUAUUUCAUUGCGAAACUUAAUUUCUG